GUGGAAGCUUUGGUCUGUAUGACAGCCGAUCCGAUCUCUCUAUGUUUUUGGAUAUGUUUACAGCCUGAGCGCUAUGUACCCGGCUCUCCUAUUUUUCGCGAAGCAAGCCCAGUGUCCAAUGCGACGGCUCCAAUAACAACUGCGCCCUCUGUAGCAGCCGCUCCACCGGCAGCGACAGGAGCACCAACAACUCCUAAAGGUCGUGGGAAAGCCAUGACGAUUUCCGUUACCCAUGCAGCACAAGGCAGCAACGUUGUGAGCAGAAAAUCGCACGCAACGCCAAUCUCCUAUACAAGCACGCGAUCCGCAGCCAUGAUGGCGCUCGCACUGGGCCAAAAGGAACCACCUACCAAUGGAGGCCAGAACAAGAAGAAUGCCCAGAACACUCGUGCUCCUUCGCCACUGCGGCAGGCCGAUACUUCCCCUUCUACCACUACUAAUACUACUAGCACUCGAUCCGUAACCCAUGCUCUAACUUCGUCGGCAGGCGUGUCUACAGCUUCUACUAAGCUACCUGCUACCACAACUUCUACUACAAAGACCGAUCCUAAUGCUUCCGCCACAGGCCACACCAAGCCGCCGACGCCCCAGAUGAAUGGCGCGAUGUCCGGCGGCAGCAACUCCAGUGGCUCGGAUAAUGAUGGUUUCAACACUUCCACCUCGUCCACGGCCACAGCUCUCCGUCGCCUGUACUUCAAGAGCGGUCGCAGCAUCAAGAAUAAAAUCAAUGCAUCUGUAAGCUCGCUGCCCGCCCCCUCACUACCGCCCCCCCAACAACAGCAGCCGCAAACGUUUAUGCAUUCGGUGGGCGUUCCCAAGUUGGUUAUAAUGGGCACCUCGUCCGCCUCGAUACCGGACGGUACCAUCAACACGUCCACAGAUUCUGCCUGCACGCUCAUCACCAAUGUGACGCAUACAGACACCUCGGAGACCUGCGAUUCGCUGGAUUUAUGCGACAACUCGGGUCCCAGUGAACCGCUGUUUAGCUCGCUGGAGGAGCCUCUGUUGACGGCCAUUCAAAUAGAUUCGGAACAGGAGCAUGGAAGUAUUGGCACUGAGCUGGAACUAACGAGUUGUUCGCGUUUUCCGCCGCGUCCAGACAUGAGUCUGCAAGACAGCACUGAGAGUCAAGAAUCAUGCCUAUCCAUACUCACUGGCGAGCCAUCAUCCACCACGCCAUUGCUGCGCCGUCAGCCCAGCACGGCGCCGCCACCAACGCGCUCCCUCAACCACUUCACAUUCGAUCCGCCCCAGUCGCCCAAGUCAGCACGUGCCAGCGAGAAGGCACGAGAACACUUCACAUUCAAGGGCACGACCACCAAGCAGCUCCCUUCAUCGCAGCAGGCGACGCAAGCACGAAACGGUGCUGCCGCAACCACCGGCAAUAACUAUCAUCAUAGCUCCUACUAUACGGAUCCGGCCGAAGGCGCAGCCACCAGCGAGGGUGAGGAGGAGGCCGAGGACAAACGCAACUCUGGCAACCGCAACAAAAAACUACGUGCACGUGAACCCAAUGCCAAUGCAGGGACGCGUAAUCGCAUCUCACCCAGCGUCUCGCCGUCGAGCAGUAAUCGGUCCAGCCCUAAGCGCGAACGAAAACGCACGCCCGCUGCCUCCACGGGUGCCAUUUCCAAAGUCAAUUCGGCGCCGCCAACGAUGAAGGAUGGCAACUUCUUUAAUAGCUCCAGUGUGCCGUCCAAGCAGCAACAGAAAUCAAAGCAGACACCUCAACAGCUGUCUCCCAGCUGCAAUGCCACAUACACUCAGCAUCAGCAACAGCAGCAGCAGCAGCAGCAGCGCAAAUACUCCUCAAGCUCCUCCAGCGGCAGCAGCGAACGGUGUUUGCGAGACUCAGCUGGCACAGGCACCAUGUUUCCCUUCGAUCGUGAGGCACUGGACUACGAGCGCAUACAACGGGAAUGCUUUGCCGUUGACACGAUCAAUAAUACGCACCCCAGCUCAGCGACGACCAGCAGCAGCGACUCGGAUGAGACGGAGAACUGUUCGGUCUAUGAGCGGAAGCUUAAUGUGUCCCCCACCAGUCGCUCCGUGGACAUUUUCCAACAGUAUUCGCGAUUGUCGCAACAGGAGCAGCAGCAAAGACCGCCAUCCCGUAAGAACUCGAAGCGGAUAAGGCCCGACUCAGUCAUACAUACAACCAUACGGGAGAAUCAGCAAUAUGUGCCACAGUCCGAUGCUUUCUAUCCGCAGCCAAAGUCCUCCUCCCCCAACGAUCACUCCCUUGCCGGACUGCACAAAUUCGACGAUAUUGCCAACAAAUUCGAACAGAUACCGCCCAAACACGGAUCCACUCUCAAUCUGCAUAUGACGCAUAGCCCGGGCAGCGGGGGGCCCAUCAAUGUUACCGCGAAUCCGAUGGAGGCAGCCGCUACAGUUUGCACCCAGCCACGUGCCACCAUCGUCGUUCAACAACCGUCCCUGAGUCUGGACAACACCGUUGAAACGCUUCUGAUCAAAAACGAAGGCGACUUCAUCAGCGUGGAGCAGGGAAAGGAAUUGAACGCUCGCAAGCGCAACUCACAGCAGCUGGCACAUCCGCCACAUGCCGCGCACUUAACGCACUCUCAGCAGCAACAACAACAGCAUCACCAUGCACAAGGACACGCCGGACUCGUACAGCAAAACAAACGCGAUGAGAACAUGAGACAGUUGCUGGAUGUUACCAAUACACUGACUAUCGAGGAGCUGCGCGAUUUUGAAAUGCGCUAUGGCUCACCACAUCACAGUCGCUCACAGUCGGUAAAGACGCCAGGCAGUCGUGCAUCCGGUCGGCCCAAUCAGCUCUGUCUGCCCCAGCAACGCUCCCGCGUUGCCUCCAUGCCCAAUACUGGCGUCGAGGAGGAAUACUACAGACUACGACACUUCUCCAUCACGGGCAAGGGUGUUGUAAAUCGCGGUGAUUCAUUGAAGAGUCGUCGCAGUCGCUCGAACAACAGUGUGGCCAGCUCUAAUUCCAGCACCGAGCACUUGACCGCCCAGCAAUUGCCCGCCCCCAGCUCAGCAAGGACAUCCGCCACCUGCAGCUUGGCCUCGAGCCGUGAGAGCAGCACCUCCAAUCCAGGCAGCGGUCCCUACCGGGUUCUUAUGCUUGGAGGUCCGGCAGUGGGAAAGAGCUCUUUGGUCUCACAGUUUAUGACUUCGGAAUAUCUGCACGCCUACGACACAAGUAUAGAUGAUGAAUCUGGGGAGAAAGCCGUAUCAGUAUUACUAAGUGGUGAGGAAUCGGAAUUGAUAUUUAUCGACCACAGCUACACAGAAAUGACGCCGAAUGAAUGUCUGUCCAGCUACGAUCCGCAUGGCUAUUGCGUCAUUUACUCUGCCGCCGACCGAAGCAGCUUCAAUGUUGCUGAGCAGGUGCUGCAGAUUCUCUGGACCAAUCAAAACAUAGCCCAGAAGGCAGUCAUAUUGGUGGCCAACAAAGCUGACCUGGCCAGAAGCCGACUCGUUACAUCCGAAGAGGGCAAAGCUAUGGCCACAGCCUAUGACUGCAAAUUCAUUGAAACUUCUGUGGGCAUUAAUCACAAUGUGGAUGAGCUGCUGGUGGGACUGUUGUCACAGAUACGACUGAAGCUCGAGAAUCCCGAGAAAUCUAGAGAUUUGUUCCGCAAGCGCUCCAUUCGUAAGUCGAAACGCCGCGCCUGCUCGCCCCUCAGCGCGGGCUGCCUGAAUGCCAGCACGCCCCUCGCCCAGCUCGGAGGAGCCAUGGGCGAGGCAGUUAGUACACCACCAGGCAGUGCCCACAGCAGCCCCCGCAAGUAUCGUGGCUCGCGAACCUCUACCAGUCUUAAGGUCAAAGGGUUGCUUGGACGUGUCUGGACGCGCGAUUCCAAAUCAAAGAGCUGCGAAAAUCUUCAUGUCCUUUAAGGCAACACCACACACACACACUCAAACAUACACACACAACGACUGAGCAGCUCAUUGGGAGCAUUUGUGGGUUCACAGAUGCCGAAGCGUUUUAGUUUUUACCUUUAAAUUAUGUAUGAAUAUUACCCAUUUGGUUUUCAAAUUCUGUGCAUAAAAAUCCUAAGGAUUGUUUCCAACUGAUUAUAUUAAAAAAAUACAAACCAAAGAUAUGAGAAUUCAAAAGUUCCCACAAAAUUGGCUUAAGUUCUUAAACAUACGAGUUACAAUUAGACUUAUAGGUUUACCCAUUUUAUUAUAUACAUAGGUACUUAUUUUUAAUAUCUUUGUAAAAUAUGCAGUUAUGUAUAUCUGUUCGAUUAAAUGCAGCUGACUCAAGUCAGAUAAUACAGUCUUGAUAUUGCGAUUGCAAACAAUGAUUACAAUAGCACGAGUUGAUUAUUUGAAAACUAUAACUCCAAGCACUUUAAUAUAUUAAAUAUAUAAAAGUAACAAACAUCAGAU